UUUUGAGUGAAAAGUUGGAAUACUUUGGAAAAUGUUUUGCCAGUUUUAAGCUGGUUCCCAAAAAAAAGGUGCUGCAGUGGCACUGUCUGUCUCUCCCUCACUCCUACUAACAGCGUCUGUCCUUCCUUCACAAUUCAGCUUAUUUCAGCCAAACACUGACAGAGGGACAGAAGUUGAUAAUUUCCAGAGCUGAGUAAGGCAGGCAAAGGAAAGAAAGCUCCCACUGCUACCAGGAUAAUGUGCAAGCCUUGGUAGGCACCCAAGGAGCCACAUUGAAGACCUUCAAGACGUAAGUCAGUAGAAAAUGAGGCUUUGCUGCUUCUGCGGUGCAAACUUGGGCCUUUUUGGAGCCCACCAGUGUUGAGCUGAACCCUUUACACCCCCAUCAGGUACCGGCAUGGAACUCCUGUCUCGUCCUGAGACUGCUGGCUCCCAGGGGUGCAGCAGACUGGAGUGAGCAGCAGGAAAGCUGCAUUCCUCACACGCUUACUAAUGCCGGCUGGACAUGAGUUUGUCAGCUCCAGGGUGGGGCUUGGACCUCGUGCUGUUAAUCUCCACGCUUCAGACACUGGCUCCAGAAAGAGCCAUUAGGGUAGGUUGGGAAAUUGUGCUGCACCCCCCUUCACCAGCAGCCGUGCCUGACCUUGCCAGAUGCACUGGCUGUUACUCACGUCUCUCCAUGAGCCACGUGCCCUGCUUGUGACUCUUCCAGACCUGUUUUCCCCGAAAGCACUGUGUGUCCCAAUUUUUUUAAUCCUCCUUGCUUCAGUAAGGUCUGGUGAGGAUGCUGUAGUGCCAGGGGCUGCUUAAGGCUUAGCCCUUCAUUUCUGCAUCACUUUGGAAAUACCAGUAGGUUCGCUGAGGUCUCAUCACUGCCUUGUUCCUCAUCUGCCAAGCUGUGGUGAGCUGGUGGGACUUGAGUCCUGAUAUUGUUCCUUUCUAGUUGUUUCUCCAGGUCUUCAGAGAUGCAGCAGAGCUGUUGGAGUGUCUUGUAAAGGAGAUAGAUUUGCCUUGACCCAGACUCCAGGCCUGAUGUUGACCUUAGCAAUAAAUGUGAACGGUGGUGAGCCGUUAGCUCCUGCUUGCAGAAGUUGUUGGGCUACUGAAAGCAUUUUAGACACUGGACCUAAUAAAGGAGUAGUUAAUAUGCGGAGGUAAGAUCUGGUGGGGAUGUAGGAAAGCAAUGGAGGCAAGAGAGGUGAUGAGAGUGGUCUGAAGCAGAAGGGCAACAGUAAGGCAGGGCCUGGAGAGCUGGGAGGGGAGGGGGGAAGGCAGCACUGACUGUGUGUGAUGAACUUAGCUCUGCUAGCCAGAGCUGCCCCCCAGCUGAUCCUUCUGAACUGUCUGUGAUCCCUGGAGGCAGCUCCUGCAGUGGAGCUGGAAGGAGGAGGUGUGAGGGUUUCUGCAGGACUGUCUCCAGCACAAGUGGUGCAGUGUGUGACUGGGGACACUGAUCCUGAGCCCUCCAGGUGUCUGGCUGUGGCUGCAGCCCAGUCUGUCCCUGCAGAGCUCAUGGUCUGCUACUCCAGACAGACUUAAAGGCAGCUCUUGACUGCUAACUCCCCUUUUGGGGGCAAUUUUGGCUCUGGAUCUUCUUCUUCCUCCUUAUCCUCCUGAUGACACAGGGAAGAGACAUCAACCCUCUGCUACCUCUUCUUAGAGGGAUGGAGGGGGCAGGAGGCUGUUCCCCAUUGCCUGCUGCUUUCCCCUGACACAACCAGUGCACAGAGAUAGGAGAUGGACAAGGGGAGCCCUUACAGCACUGCAAGCUGUUCUCAGCAGUUGCCUUUGUUUCUAGAAGCGCCUCAGUGACCGAGGAACACCCUUGUGUAAAACAGAGCUCUGCAUUUAUUUGUCAGUUGUUUGGGUUUUAUUAUUAUUAUUGUAGUUCAGGACAAAAGGUGGAAAAGGGACCAGAUAACAGAUGGUUGAGGUGAUGUCUGACGUUUGGAGCAGCAGAGACUUACGUGGAAAUGCCAGUGCAGGGAAUUAGGAUUGAUGCACAGGGUCUGCCUUGGGGAGUGGACCAAGGGAGCUCUUUGGCACUCUAUCCACUUCUGCUUCUCCAUCAAGUCUGAUAUGUGAGAUGGGUGUGUUCCAUGUGGCUCUGAAACUCCUCUAAUAAAGAACUAUGUUUCCUCCCCGAUCUUCAAGCUGUUGGGUGUUCCUUGCUUUUGGGAGGUGCUUUAAAUCUGACUGCCAGAGCUGUGGGCUGCUAAGAGCAGAAGCUGUCUGCACGAUGCUGAGCUCAGGUCUUUCUCCUCUUUUCCUGUUGCUCACAGCACUGGAGCUGAGCUGGUCCCUGACUGAUGAAGAAAAGAGGAUCAUCUUGGAUGAGCACAAUAAAUAUCGCUCGCAGGUCUCUCCUCCUGCUGUGGAUAUGCUGAAGAUGAGCUGGGACACGGAGCUGGAGGCCUUUGCCCAGGCCUAUGCAGAGAAGUGCAUCUGGGACCACAACAAGGAGAGGGGCCGACGGGGGGAAAACCUCUUUGCUAUGGCCCCAAUGCUGGAUCUGGAAUUCGCAGUGGAGGACUGGAAUGCGGAGGAGAAAUUCUACAACCUGACGACUUCCACGUGUGUCUCCGGGCAGAUGUGUGGCCACUACACCCAGGUGGUCUGGGCAAGCACGCACCGCAUUGGCUGUGGGUCAAAGUUUUGUGAGAAGAUUGAAGGAAUUGAAACAGAGGACAUGUACCUGCUUGUCUGCAACUAUUAUCCCCCGGGUAACAUGAAAGGCCGAAAGCCAUACAGGGAAGGACCCUCUUGUUCACAGUGUCCUGAGGACAGAGUUUGUGUCAACUCCUUGUGUGAACCCACUAUAGAAGAGACCACUCCACCCUCUGUGACAACAAAGGCAAGCCCAUCCACCCCAGUCACACCAGAACGCACUACACCAGCACCCACCACAGUCCCGGCCAAGCCAGAACCCACAACCAUGCCCUCAGCCACCACACCAGUAGCCAGCACAGCCAAGGCAAAGCCAAAACCUGCUACAACCAAGCCAUCAUACACAACACCAGUACUCAUUACUGCUACAUCCAAGCCAAAACCCACCGUCCUAACAACCACCACUGCAGCCAAGCCAGCACCCACUACACCAGAAUCCACCACCACCACACCAGAACCCACCACCACCAUGCCAAAACCCACAACAACCACCAUCACAACCACCACUACAGCCAAGCCGGUACCCACCACACCAAAACCAACAACCACCACACCAGAACCCACCACCACCACGCCAAAACCCACCACAACCACUACAACCAAGUCAGCAUUCACUAUGCCAAAACACACAACCACCACUGCAGCCAAGCCACAACCUACUACACCAAAACCCACAACCACCACUCUAGCCAAGCCAGUACCCACGACACCAAAACCCACAACCAGCACUACAGCCAAGCCAGAACCCACCACCACCAUGCCAGAACCCACAACAACCACUACAACUAAGCCAGCACCCACCACAACAAAGCCUGUAAUGACCACACCAAAACCAACUACCACCACUACAACCAAGCCAACACCAACCACACCAAAAUCAACCACCACCACUACAGCCAAGCCAACACCAACCACACCAAAACCCACCACCACCUCUAAAACCAUGCCAACACCAACCACACCAAAAAUCACCACUACAACCAAGCCAACACCAACCACACCAAAAAUCACCACUACAACCAAGCCAACACCAACCACCCCAAAAAUCACCACUACAACCAAGCCAACACCAACCACACCAAAAACCACAACUACAACCAAGCCAACACCAACCACACCAAAACCCACCACCACCACUACAAUCAAGCCAACACCCACUGUGCCAAAACUCACAGCCACCACUACAGCAAAGCCAAAACCUGCUACAGCCAAGCCAACAUCCACCACACCAACAUUUACCACCACUACAGCCAAGCCAACAUCCACUGCUAUAACAUCAGCAAAGCCAGAAUCCACCACCACAACAAAGACAGAACACACCAAAACUGAAAGUCCCGAUUAUAUUGCAACAACUGGGUUAACACUUUCCUUUGAGCCCACGUUAGACUCAGAUUAUAGAGUAUUUCCAGAAGCAGAGUCAGAUACUGAAGAACCUGUUGCCUCCUUAACUACGGAGAAUCCAGACUUAUUAGAAAGUAUGGGCACAGCCAUCAGUCCCAAAUCAGUCCCAGAAACAAACAAUGGUGUGAAAGAGGAUGAGAAAGAGAAAUCAGCCUUCUCUUCCAGUCCAACUCCAUCCCCCAGCCAGAUUAUUCCAGAGAUCAAGUUAGGUUUCAAUAAAGCUGAGCUCAUAACCUCCUCAAAGUCAGUGGUCUCCAGCCCUGAAGAACCCAUCUUCAUGCGUUUAACGUCAUCUUCCAAAGAAAAGGGGCAGAGCCCUGCUUUCCAGACCUCCCUCUCAGAUGCCCUGAGUGCUGAAGAGCUGGAGACAAACUCAGACCAUGAAGGCAAGCAGCAGCCCACAGCUGGAGCUCCCAGUACCCACAGGGGCCUUUUGCUCUUCCUCCUGCCCAAUGUCAUCCUGGUGGGCCUUCUGCUUUGAACAGUCUUUCUCAGCUGUCCCUGCACCGGUCGCCAAGGCUUUCUUCAGCAUUGGUUGUCCCACCACCCUGGUAGGCUUGGUGGACACCACGGACAGUUCAGGUUGACACACUCUCUUCUUCCUCUGGCUCACCCGCUCCAGCCCUGCUGUGCCAAGGGCUACUGGCCAUCACAUGGGCACUCAGUGCCCUUCCUGAGACAGCCCAGGGGCAGGAGGGUGUCUGCCAUCAUGCUAGUGAACUUGGGCACCAAUACUUCUCCCUUCUUCCCAGUCAGCCUGGGCUUCUGCUCUGUUUCCGAUAGGAGACGAUUUUGUCCUCAUUGCCCUGUGUGGCUGGCAGGUCCUGCUGCACCACGUCCCAGGGAAAGCAGAAUGCCCUGGAAACCCAAUGGCAAUGGGACACGGUGGUUGGUUUUGGUAUUUGUUUGGAGGCAAGACACGAUCGUUGAGUCUGGUGUCUGUGUAUCAGGAUGGAUUUCUAACAGAAAUGCUCUCUUUCUCUCCUCGUGUGUCUGUUUGUCUCAGUUUUGGAGAAGUGUCACCUCUUCCUUCCUUGUCCAAAAAUGGCAUUUUUGUCCACAGAAGAGGAUUGUGUUUCCUACUUCUGGUAGAGCUAUGGCCAGUGUCUAGACGUACUCCUUCUCCUGCCAUCCCUCUGCAGUCUUUACCUCCUCCCUUUCUUCUGCUCCAACAGUUACUCUGUUGUCAUGCCUUUAUUGUACGCGUGUGCCUGCACGUGUGUGCCUGCACAGAAGAAAAACCCCCAGCACUGGAGAGGAGUUGCUGCUCCUUUCUUCUGCACGGCUUCCCUCUUUGCAGAACUUAAGCGUAUGAUGUAUUUGCAAUUAGAUACAGAGCCUGGUUGAUGUAUAUAUGUGGAUCCAGGAGGAAAAAUAAUCAGGUCUGCUGGUGCAAUUUCAGCUUGAGAGAGCCAAGUGAAUGAUAUUAGAGGGUACCUGUGGUUCCAGGACUUGUUGCAGGAUGGCUUUCAUUCUCUGGAGCACUGUGUGUUGUAUUCCUCCAUGUUUCUGCUCUAUUCACCUGAAGAUUCCCAGUAGAGGCUGUUAAAUAUGGGAUGAGUUUUGCAGACCAGCAGAAGGGAUGAGAAGAUCCAGUCCUUCUCUGGUUGCUGCAUUCUUUGGUUUAUUAAAUAGAUGAGGCGGAGAUAAGUCCAAUAUCUGAGUCCUCCCCCUGAUGCUGUGUGCUGUGCAUCUCCAGAGCAUGCACUGAAUAAAUCCUGUUCUGAAAGUCUGUUG